AUGAAGAAUAAGGAAAUAUCUGAUAUCUACAUACAGGAGAACAACAGGACGGAGGGCACAGAGUUCCUUCUCUUAGGAUUUCAGGUCAGUCGAGGUUUAAGACUUUUCCUGUUCUGUCUGUUCCUGGUGAUAUAUUGUGGGACAAUAUGUGGGAAUCUCCUGAUCAUCACCCUGGUGUCCACCAGCAAGAACCUCCACACCCCAAUGUACUUCUUCAUCUCACAUCUGUCCAUCAGUGACAUCUUGGUUACUACUGACAUUGUCCCCAACUUGUUCCACAUCCUUCUGAAUAAUGGGGGCACUAUGACUUUUAUUGGUUGUAUGACUCAAUAUUACUUCAUGUGCUUUUCAGAACUGUCUGAAUGUCUUCUCCUGGCUGUGAUGUCUUAUGACAGAUAUGUGGCCAUCUGUAAUCCUCUCCGUUACUCCUCUAUCAUGACAAGUGGACAUUGUGUUAUACUGAUUGUCAUCUGUUGGCUCAUUGGGUUUUUUGUUACUUCAAUUUACACCAUAACAAUAGCAAAGCUAAACUUCUGUGGUCCCAAUGUCAUUGACCAUAUAUUCUGUGACCUUGUUCCCUUACUAGAACUUUCCUGUUCUGAAACAUUUAUAAUUCACUUAGAGCUUUAUAUUACAGGCAUUCCACUUGUCUUUAUCCCAACCACCAUCAUUGUAUUAUCUUAUACUUAUAUAGUUUUAGUAAUCCUAAGGAUCUCAUCCAAUAUUGGUAGACAGAAAGCCUUCUCCACCUGUAGCUCCCACCUCAUUGUGGUCUCCAUAUUCUAUGGAACGUUGUUCGGUGUUUAUGCUAUCCCAACAAAAGGCCGAACACUGACCAUGAGUAAAAUUUUAUCAUUCCUAUAUAUUGUGUUCACUCCUUUGCUUAAUCCGAUUAUAUACAGUCUGAGGAAUGAAGAUAUUAAAAAAGCCGUAGAGGAAAUGAGUUAUGUGGUAAAUCAUCUCCGAUAA